CUACCCCUCGUCCUCAGCGUUUGUCACUCGCGCUGCCUUGUCGGAAAACGCUAGCCCCUCGACCAAGCAGCGGCCACCGCGGCAGUUUCUCCUGGCCCUCGCCGACGACCACGGUCGUCGCCGAAGCGCCUCCCAAUCCCGCUCGCCGCGCGCCAGAUCGAAGCAUUCCUCGACCUCACAUCCCCCUUUAAUUUGGCAUUCCUCGACCAAGCAGCGCGGGCUCGACGGCGACCAAAUCCCCAAACCCUAAAGCCAAAUCCCCCUUUAAUUUGGCUGCUCCUAUCAGAGCUAGAUUUGCUCGGCGCUGGCUGCUUUGAGCGGCGAAUCGCAUCCUCGCCCGCUGGCCCGCAUGUCUCGACGCGCGUGCGCAUGAACUCGGCCAUGGACGAGAUCAACCUGCUGCGGCAGGCGCAGCGACCGCACCAUCACCUAACGGACAUCGACCUCGAGAUCGACCAGUGUGAAGAUCCAUCUUUCUCCGGCGGCGCACUCGUCGGCGUCUCCUCCCCUCACGACCCCGUCGUCCCUGCUGACGACCACAAGAGCUUCCUCAUCUCGUGCUCCCAGCCUGGCAUGGUGAACGGCCAACUGCAGCCGACGCCGCCGCAGGGGGAGGAACACGAGGGGAUGCUGAGGCUGCAGGGGCAUACAAAGAAGAAGAAGAAGGUGGUGAAGAAAUGGCGGGAGGAGUGGGCUGACACAUACAGGUGGGCGUACGUGGCCGUCCAUGACAACACCAGUAGAAUCUUCUGCACUGUCUGCAAGGAGUACGGCCGGAAGCAUCGCCGGAACCCUUACGGGAACGAGGGUAGCAGGAACAUGCAGAUGAGUGCGCUAGAGGAGCACAACAAUAGCUUGCUGCAUAAGGAGGCGCUCCGGCUGCAGUCGGCGUCCAAGGAGAAGGUGCAAACUCCUGAGAUAGAGAUGCCGAUGCCGAUCUACGUCAAAGCUUUGUCAAAGACAGCAGCUUCAAUACUUGAAUCUGUCUUAAAGAAGGACCCUCAUGAAGCUGAAUUCAUACAGUCUAUCCAGGAGGUGGUUCAUUCUAUAGAACCAGUUUUGGUGAAGAGCUCCCAAUAUGUUCAAAUAUUGGAACGUUUAUUAGAACCUGAGAGAUGCUUUAUCUUCAGAGUGCCAUGGCUUGAUGACAGAGGCGAAGCACAUGUAAAUCGAGGUUUCCGUGUGCAGUUCAGUCAGGCAUUAGGUCCAUGCAGAGGUGGUCUUCGUUUCCACCCUUCCAUGAACUUAAGCGUGGCAAAGUUUCUAGCUUUUGAGCAGACUUUCAAGAAUGCUCUGUCGCUAUAUAAACUUGGAGGUGCUGCUGGAGGGAGUGAUUUUGAUCCAAAGGGUAAAAGUGAAAGUGAGGUAAUGCGUUUUUGUCAAAGUUUCAUGGAUGAGCUGUAUAGAUAUUUGGGACCUGAUCAGGAUUUUCCCGCUGAAGAUGUUGGUGUUGGUCCUAGGGAAAUGGGUUUCCUUUUUGGGCAGUACAGACGCCUUUCUGGUUAUUUUCAGGGAAAUUUUACAGGGCCUAAAAUGGUCUGGUCUGGUUCUAGUAUCCGAACAGAAGCUACUGGAUAUGGGCUGGUAUUUUUUGCACGUGUUGUACUUGCUGAUAUGAACAAGGAGCUCAAAGGACUAAGAUGUGUGAUUAGUGGUUCCGGAAAGAUAGCAAUGCAUGUCUUGGAAAAGCUUCUGUCAUGUGAAGCUAUUCCUCUUACAGUCUCAGACUCAAAAGGGUAUCUGUUAGAUGGAGAUGGAUUUGAUUAUGUGAAAUAUUCAGUUCUAAGGAACAUUAAGGCUCAGCAAAAGAGCCUCAAGGAAUACUUGAAAACAUUUCCACGUGCGAAGUACAUUGAUGAUGCCAAGCCAUGGGGUGAGCAAUGUGAUGUUGCAUUCCCUUGUGCAUCACAAAAUGAGAUUGACCAAGGGGAGGCUCUUGCAAUAGUUAGCUCUGGUUGCCGUGUUCUUAUAGAAUGUUCAAAUAUGCCAUGCACUGCUCAAGCAGUUGAUAUCCUAAGGAAGGCAAAAGUCCAUGUUGCUCCAGCAAAGGCAACUGCUGCUGGUGGGGUAGCGGUCGGAGAACUUGAACUGAGCCCUGAAUUUAGUUCAAUGCAGUGGUCGUUGGAGGAUUUUGAGAACAAAAUACAGGAAGCGGUAAAACAGACAUAUGAGAGGUCCCUCAAAGCUGCUCUUGAUUAUGGAAUCAUGAAAGAGAACCCAGAGUCUUUGGUGCAUGGUGCAAACAUAUCUGCCUUCCUUAACAUUGCACAAGCCAUGACUGAUCAAGGCUGUGUGUAGUUAAGCGUUUGGUUCUGUCAAGAAGCAGAAUUAGGUACUCGAGGCAGCCAUGAUCUCUUGUUGGAAACUGUGGCCAUUUGACGUGAAGAAACAUAUAUAUUAUACGUAGCUUCACAGAUCAGUUUGUUUCUUGCCCUUGUAAAAGCUUACCCCCUACCAUUUACAAUAUAUACCAGGGCCUUCUGUUGUAGAUCACCGGUGUAUUUAUUUAUUAUUGUAGAAUAUACCAAGGCCAAUUGAAGAAGGAAAUAGAAGAAAUUAUUUCAUACUCAUAGACUUUUGUUAGACCGGAAGUAAUGUUGUAGUGAGGCUGUGUUUGGUAUUGCAGUGAAUUCUCGUAAUCCUGUUUGUCCUUAUUUAAUGGUUUGGGUAAGCCAUUUUUCUA